AUGUGCCUCGCCGAGAAGGGGCUGCCGUGGGAGAGCGUCCACGUCGACAUCUUCCGCUUCGAGAACUACGAGCCGGCGUACACCAAGCUCAAUCCCAAGGCGGUCGUGCCGACGCUCGAUCAUGACGGCCGCAUCCUGAUCGAGUCGAACGUCAUCCUCGAAUAUCUCGAAGACCAGUUUCCGCAGGUCCGGCUGCGGCCGGAGGAUGCCUAUGAGUGCGCGAUGAUGCGGCUGUGGAGGGAGCAAUUGUAUGGUAAACAUUUAAAUGCUCACCAAUGCGAGUGUCUCGCGUGGACAGCGCGUGUCCGCAAAACCUAG